AUGAUGUCUCCUGAGACACCCCCUCUAGCCGAAAGCAGCAGCAGCAGCAGCAGCAGCAGCAGCAGCAGCAGCCUCCGCAACAACAGCCUCAGCAGCAGCAGCAUUAGCAGCAGCAGCAGAAGUGACAGCAGCAGCAGUAGAAGUGACAGCAGAAGCAGCAGCGUCAACAGCAACAUUCCCAACAGUACCCGAAGCAGCAUUGCGAGCAGCAGCAGCAGCAACAGCAGCAGCAGCAACAGCAGCAGCAGCAGCAGCAGCAGCAAUAGCUGCAAACUCUUCAAGUCCCCCAGUGACGUGUUCCGGUUGCUGGACGACAAGGCAGCAGAAGAAGCAGCAGAAGCAACAGCAACAGCAGCAGCAACAGCAGCAGCAGCAGCAGCAAAGACACCAACAGACUUCAGCUGGGUGCCUCGGGGAUCUUCAUCUGCACCUGCAGCACCAGCCUCAGAUCUUUCUGCUGCUGCUGCCGCUGCUUGCAUUCGAGGGGGUUCGCCCCCCUUGCUUCACGCAAUGCAGCAGCAGCAGCAGCAGCAGCAGCAAAAGCAGCAAAAGCUGCAACAGCUGCGGGAUCUCGUACUACUUCUCAAGCAAUAUUAUACGACCCGCGUGGCCUCGCUGGAGCUGCGGGCGACAGCAGAAGCAGAGGCGCGACUAUCAGCGGAGAGGACAGCAGCAUUUGCUGCUGAUAGGUCUUUCUUCCUGCUGCAGCAGCUGCAGCAGUUUAGCAGCAAACAGAAACAACUGCAGCAGCAACACCAGCAGCAGCAGCAAAACUUGCAGAUGCUGCUGCAGCAGAAGCAGCAGCAAGAUACUGAGAUAAGAAACCUCCGCGCGGCCCUGCAAAAGAAGUCAGAUGUGCAGCAGCAGCUGACGGCCCUUAUAAAAGAGCACGCAGCAGCAGCCGCAGCAGCAGCAGCAACAGCAGCAGCAGCAGCGGAACAGGAAGCAGCAGAGGAGUCAGCAAAGCCCGCAGCUGCUGCUGCAGCUGCAGCAGCAGCUGCUAUGGCAAAGCUACAAAAAGAAGCAGCAGAGCUGCAGCAGACGGAGAACCAUCCAGAAGGCGACGGCAGCAGCAGCAGCAGCAGCAGCGAGCUGCCGGCAGCAGCAGCAGCAACUGCUGCUGCUGCUGAUGAGGAGAGCGAGGUGCUGGCAGUACGAGAGCGACAGCUCGAGAGGCUGGCGAAGGAACUUGAUCAACAGCACCUUCUCUGUAUAGCGCAGGGAGAGGAGAUCCAGCGGCUCCUGGGCGAGACAGAGUGCGAGCAGCGGCGGCGACGGGAGGCUGAGAAGGCAGCAGAGAGAGAAAAGAAAAAGAGAGAGGAGCUACAGACACAACUCAAGCUGUCAGACAAAUCGAGCCGAUACAAGUCUCAGUUCAGCAGCAGCAGCGUGCCGGUGUCUUUGCGUCUCUCGCACAGCCAGAGCCUUGGCAGCAGCAGCAGCAGCAGCAACAGCAACAACAGCAACAGCAACAGCAACAACAACAACAACGACAGCAGCAACAGCUGCAGCAGCGACCGUCAAGCAUUAAUAGCAAUCAUGAACAAGGAACUCGAAGAGCUGAUGCAGGCUGCAAGGCAGCAGCAGGCAGCAGAGGCCCAAAGGCGGUUGCUGCUGCUGCAGCAGCAGGAGCAGCAGCGCAAUUUGCUGCAGCAGAUGGCUGGACGCUGCAGAUACACUUUGCUGCAGCAGCCCACCCAAACUGAUGCUGAAGCAGCAGCAGCAGCAGCAAAUGCAGCCGGGGGAGCAGCAUGCAACACUGAAACAGAAGCAGCAUCUGCAGACACACCAAGCCCCACAACAGCAGCAGAAGCAAAAGCAGCAGCACCAGCAGCAGCAGCAGGAGACAGCGGCAGGCAGCUGGCUGCCCCUGCAUCGGAGGCCCUCCAGCCAAAUCCACACGAGCUGCAGCAGCAGCAGCAGCAGCUGCUGCAGGAACAGCAGCGGAAGCUGCACGAACGGCAGCAGCAGCAGCAAGAACAGCAACAGCAGCAGCAGCAGCAACAAGAACAGCAACAGCCGCAACAGCAGCAGCAGCAGCUGGUGCAAGCAAAUUUCUAUUCUCUGUGGUCUGCAGCCCCAGAGGAGCCAGUGGAUAUACAGCUACACCUGGACUCUUUGGAGGAUGCGGCAGCAGCACUUCACAGCAGCAGCAGCAGCAGCAGCAGCAACAGCAGCAGGCACAACAGCAGCGAGAUCAGCUACAGCAGCAGCUUCGAAGCUCUGGACCAUAGCCACAACGAAACAGCAGCAGCAGCAGCAGCAGCAGCAGCAGCAGCGGGGGCAACUGCUGCGGAGGCGGUCCCCUGA